ACAACAACAACAACGACAGCAGUGGGGAGGUAUCCGACGACUUCGACAUGACGCAGGAAACCACGCAGCCAAGCCAGACGCAAUCUCAGACCCACGAGCAGAGCCAGCAGUCGCAACAAGAAGAAGGGGGUUGCGGAGAUGAAGGCGAUGGUAAGGCCAAAGCGGGGGCUAAAGGAGGAGGAGAGGGGGGGGGCAAGCAACAGAAAGAGAAAUUGGAUGAGGUGCCGCUGAUAGUCCCUCCGGCGGUGUGCAAGGACAACAAGGCAUCGCUGUUGGUGCACCUCAGAGACGAAGCGCUCAACUUCGCAGGUGACACCGGCGCGAUCGGGCGAAUCUCGGUAGGGGGCAAGAAGAAGGGCAGAGGGCUUACGUUCGACCUCAAAGGGCAGCAGUUUAGCGGGCAGAUAAUUCCUUCUGCCACGGUAAUGGUGGUCGGGAUUGGGAAAACGGAGGCCAAGGUGGAGGGCCUGUUCAGCGAGGUCUGCCGCCUGGACUACAAGGGGAACGUGUUCGACGCCAUGGGCGGGGAGGUGCUCAAAGGAGAGAUGGAUGACUCAUACAAGUUCGAAGAAGAGGAUGUAAACGCAAGAGGGGCUGCCGGGGGGGAUGGAGAUGGGGGGGAGGGGGACGGGGGGGAAGAAGGGAAAAACCCAAAAUUGAACCGAAAAAAGUCUUUCGGCAAAGGGAGAGGUGGCUCGUCUUCCGGGGCUUCGUCGGGAAAGAGAGGCGGAGGGGCCAAGGGUUCGGCUAGCAAGAAGGCAAAAAAAUAGCAACGAGGCGAAACGUAGGAACGAGAGCGACGCUGUUUAUCUUUUCAUUUAACGUGUUGGGCCCCGUUGUCCUUUAUUUAUGCUUUUUAGACCCUCGUAUGUGUUAUAUGCAGUUUUUAUUUUUUGUGCUGGUUUUUAUGGGAAAUUGUGUUUCCUGCAUCGGCAGAACCGUUGGCACGGAAAUUGUUUUUUUGCUCUGAGAGGGGGGUGUCCAUGCUUUUACUUAUCGCUGUGCUGUGGGUUGCAUUUGUGCGGAAUAUUAAUGGUGAACGUUACGGUGUGUUAGAGCAACGAUUGUCUGUGGGCAAGGUAGUGCCUGUCUAGCGGCUCUUCGUUCGCCGGAGGGCAUGGGGGCGGGACUACUGGUUGCACCGCAGCGCUCUACCUGGGUGAGCAAGGGGAGCUAGAGUCGAGGCGGGAACACAGGACGGGGGUGGCUUUGGUUAGCAGCACACCAAAUGUGAACCCAACAUCUGAUCGCGUCCUUCCCUCCUCUUGUGUAGGCUAGGGCCAUGGCGUCAUCUUGUGCCGACAAUCGCGGCACGAACCCCCACGGCCGUUUGUUUUUCGACGCAAAAGUGUCACACAAGUAGGACAGUUUUUUUUUCAACUGUCUACUCACCGUCGUGGUGGCUGUUUCUUGUUCAGCUGCUGGCGUCG